AUCCAACUGUAUAAUUAUAAUCUCUCUACUCUUUCUCUUUCUUUCUCUGCCUUGUGCAGUAUGAUGAUCUUCAUUCUUUUUUGACUUUUCUGGUUCCACGUUUAAUCCCCGGAGAGCUUCCUUCUUCAAUGAACAAAAACGCACAAGCACCAAACACCAGCCCACACGAAACUGUGAUCCCCUCUCUUGCCUGAAGAGAGAAAAUGAAAAAGAUGGAGACUUUCCAGUUGUUCGCUUUUCUUGGGUCCUUCCCUCUUUCUCUGAAUCCAAAUCCCACCAUUUUACCUCACCAGUUUGGGACCUAACUCACCCUCUCUCUCUCUCUCUCUCUCUCUCUCUGAAAUCUUGGGCUGUGUAAAGGAGCGUUCUUUGCUUGAAAGUUUCUCUCGGGCUUCAUCUCCUUAUAUUUUCAGAGGCUUCUUCACGAAGGGUUUGAGUUCUGCACCAAUUCAACUUCUUGAGGAGGAGGUAAUAACGCAAAUAUAUUCACUAUGAUGCUGUCAAGAUCUUGCAUAAGUUUAUUGGACUUGGCAUCUGGGGACAUGAUGAAUUUCCCUCAUACUCCAAGGAACCUUCCGAGAGUGAUAACAGUACCAGGAAUUAUUUCCGACAUUCAAGAAGAAAGCACUAGCAGCGAGUUAAAUAUAUCUUUGUCCAAGCCUCAGGAAAAGAUAAUAAUAGUUGCAAACUUUCUGCCCCUGAAUGGUCAGAAGGACUCAGAAUCUGGCAAAUUGAGUUUUAGUUUGGACGAAGACUCGCUUUAUUUGCAAAUGAAGGAUGGAUUCUCGACCAAGGCUAAUGUGAUUUAUGUUGGGUCCUUGAAGAUAGAUGUAGAUUCGAGCAAGCAAGAUGAAGUUGCGCAGGAGUUGUUGGAGAAGUUCAAUUGUGUUCCCACAUUUCUGCCUCCGGAGAUUCAGAAGAGAUAUUAUCACGGAUUCUGCAAGCAGCACUUGUGGCCUCUUUUCCAUUACAUGCUUCCCAUGUGCCCAGAGAUUGGCAAUCGUUUCGACAGAUUGCUUUGGCAGGCCUAUGUUUCCGCUAAUAAAGUAUUUGCAGAUAAGGUCGUGGAGGUGAUAAAUCCAGAAGAGGACUAUGUGUGGGUUCAAGACUAUCACCUCAUGGUUUUGCCUACUUUUCUGAGGAGACGGUUCAAUCGGGUUAAGCUCGGUUUCUUUCUCCACAGCCCAUUCCCUUCAUCAGAAAUCUACCGUACUCUGCCCGUGAGAGAAGAAAUACUGAAAGCACUCCUAAAUGCAGAUCUGAUCGGAUUCCAUACAUUUGAUUAUGCCCGUCAUUUUCUUUCUUGCUGCAGUAGAAUGUUGGGGUUAAAGUAUGAGUCGAAGCGAGGUUACAUCGGACUUGAAUAUCUGGGCCGGAUGAUCUACAUUAAGAUUUUGCCUGUCGGGAUCCACAUGGGAAGGCUAAAAUCCGCGUUGAACCACUGCUCUUCCGCCGCCACAGCCAUGGAAAUUCAGAAACAGUUCCAGGGGAAAAGGAUUAUACUAGGGGUUGAUGACACGGACAUAUUUAAAGGCAUUAGUCUAAAGUUACUUGCCCUGGAGCAACUCCUGAGGCAGCGCUCAGAUUUGCAAGGACAAGUGGUGAUGGUUCAGAUUAUGAACCCUGCCAGGAGUACUGGGAAAGAUGUUCAAGAAGUGAAGAAAGAGGUCUAUUCAACUACCGACAGGAUAAACAAAACGCUUGGUUUCCCAGGCUACAAGCCAGUAAUUUUGAUUGACCGUCCCAUUUCCUUUUACGAGAAGAGCGCCUAUUACGCUUCAGCAGAAUGUUGCAUUGUUAAUGCCGUAAGAGAUGGGAUGAAUCUGGUCCCUUACAAGUACAUAGUCUGUAGGCAAGGGUCUCAAAUAAUUGACGAUGCUUUGGGGGUAGCCGCUGAGACCCCUCGGACUAGCAUGCUUGUAGUCUCUGAGUUCAUCGGCUGCUCACCCUCGUUAAGUGGGGCCAUCAGGGUUAAUCCAUGGGACGUUGAUGCGGUCGCCAAUGCGCUCAACUUAGCCAUCACAAUGCCUGCAAUUGAGAAGCAGCUUAGGCAUGAGAAGCAUUAUCGUUACGUCAGCUCCCACGAUGUAGCAUAUUGGGCCCACAGCUUCUUGCAGGAUUUGGAGAGAUCAUGCAAGGAUCACUAUAGAAAGCGUUGCUGGGGCAUCGGUUUUGGCCUGAACUUCAGGAUCUUGUCUCUGUCUCCGAGCUUUAGGAAACUAUCUGUCGAAACUUUAGUCUCUUCUUAUAAGAGAACUAAUAGCAGAGCUAUAUUUCUGGAUUAUGAUGGAACUUUGGUCCCUCAAGCUUCCAUCACCAAGACCCCAAGCCCUAACGUCAUCUCGAUUCUGAAUAAUCUCUGCGACGAUUCAAGCAACACCGUGUUCUUAGUUAGUGGCCGGGGGCGGAAUUCUUUGGGUGGAUGGUUUUCACCAUGCGAGAAUUUGGGUAUAGCAGCCGAACACGGGUAUUUCAUGAGGUGGAGCAGGGAAGCAACUUGGGAAACUGAUCGGUUGGAGGUGGAUUUCGAUUGGAAAAGGAUUGUUGAACCCGUAAUGAGGCUUUAUACUGAGACUACCGAUGGCUCCUAUAUGGAGACUAAGGAGAGCGCUUUGGUUUGGCACUAUGAGGACGCCGACCCUGAUUUCGGAUCCUUCCAGGCCAUGGAAUUACUAGACCAUCUUGAGAGCGUUCUCACAAACGAGCCUGUAGUUGUGAAGAAGGGUCAGCAUAUUGUUGAAGUGAAGCCACAGGGAGUGACCAAGGGCUUAGUGGCGGAGAAAGUUCUUUCCACUCUGAACGAAGGCGGGAAAUCGCCAGAUUUUAUUUUGUGCAUUGGGGAUGAUAGAUCUGACGAGGACAUGUUCGAGAGCAUCACAAGCGUGGUCUGCAGUUCUUCAGCGCCAGAGGUUUUCGCGUGCACUGUAGGCCAGAAGCCGAGUAAAGCUCGGUACUACCUAGACGACACGAUAGAUGUUCUGACAUUGCUUCAAGGCAUGGCUGCUGCCUCAAUUAUAAAAUCCUUAUGCCGAAGAGAGAUCUAGCUGCAUCAAUAAAGCUUCACUCGAAACGCGAUGACAAGAUUUUUCUCAACACAACCACUCUGAAUCGGAUAGUGGGAUGCGAGGCAGCCAUAUGCUCAGGUAGGCUUGCUCUUUUUCCCGGCUGGAUGAAUCUUAUUGUUGGUUGGUUGAGGUUCAAGCAUGUUGUCGGGGCCGCAGCAUUCGCUCUGCGCUUUUUUGCUGCAAAGCGAAACGGCUUGAGACCCUCUUGUCACUCGCGUCUUGGGGGUUGAAUUCUUUUUUGAAUACCGUUCCCUGUUUUUCUCUUCCUCAUUUACCGGCUCGGGGUGGUAAGCAUGGUGUACAUUUUCUCUUGGUGGGGGGAAUGCUGGUUGUAUACACAGUUAUUAGGCCAAACGUUUGACACAGCUAGCCUGUAGCGAAAAUGACAUCGAUAGUUUACUUGCUUUGCUCUGCGGAAUCGCGAACAGCGGACAAAUUACAUCCUGUCACCAUU